AUGUCAGUUGAACCGGUUGGCGCAACUCUUGGACUCCUCGGUCUCGUUGGCACCGUCGUGGAGGCCAUCCAUUUCGGAUACGCCGUCAAGGACAUGACCGGCAGCCUUCGAACGGCCCGCAUGAAGCUCGACCUGGAGGGUUCUCUUCUCCAGUCAUGGGCCGAGAACGUCCUGCUCGACGAGGAAGGUCUGGCAGGCGGAGUCCGGGUCAUUCCAGCCUCGAUUGCAGCGCUCGUCAGGGAGACCUUGGAAGAGCUGUUGAGGCUUUUUAACGAGUCUUCCGGCAUUGUGGACAAGUAUGUCAGCCAGAAGCAUGUCGAGCCGCUCAGCAUUGCCAGGCAAACUGUCAGGCCCGGCAACCUUUUCCGAUGGCUGUCUGUCAAGCAGGUCCCUCGGCCAAAGGCAAUUAAAUGGGCCAUCAGAGACGGUCCAAGGCUGGAGGGUCUGAUCUCUGACAUCGACUUCUUCCAGGACAAGCUCCACAAAAGGCUGCCCUUGAACAUGGAGCUUUUCAGGCUGCAGAUCCUGGUCGAUACUGUCGCUGAAAGCACCGUGGAUCAUCUCGAGGUUCUACGCAAGGCAGCUGAGGAAAUCAUGAACACCAGACCAGCAGAUGCACCCGCGAUGCAGUCCAUCUGCGCAGCGGCCUUGAUCCGCGAGAACCUGCCUCGGUGGGAGCUUGACGUCGCUCACCUUAAUGACUACAUGGCGACUCUGAAGAAGGAGAUGACGGCUUUUGGCUCAAGCCCUCCGGCAGACAUGACGCUAUGGCGAACUCAGCUCCGCGACACAGGUCAAUCUGUCAUCGUAGAAUGGAGGCCGAUCGAGGUCCGGCCUGCACAAGACGGAUUGUUCGAGCGCGACGUCGUUCAGAUGGCGAACCUACUGUCAAGCCUGGACCGGCAUCCAGACGCCCACCUCCCGACGUGUCUAGGCUAUGUGAAGCAAAGCGAUUACGACGGCAGCAGGCCACGAUACGGCCUGGUCUUUUCUGCAGCGAGAGGAGAAGCAGCCAUCGGUCAGACCGACGGGCCACCGACGCUGUUCAAGGCAAUUCAGGACAGCCAACACUCGAGCAAACUCCCAGAUGUCGCCGACCGACUCCGUAUGGCCCUUGCACUCUCCAUUUCCGUGUUUCAGCUCAUGGCCGCUGGAUGGUUCCAUAAAGGCAUCACCAGCUCCAACAUUGCCCUAGUGUCCGCGACUAAGACAGCAGCCGAGGAUCAAAAUCCAGGGGAGGGCAGCAGAAGCAGCAGCAGCAGCAGCAGCAGCAGAAGUAGCCCAUUCUCAUCUGACUUCAUCCUUCUCGGGUUCCAGGUCGCCCGUUCCGACGCCAACGGCCAAGUGUCGCGCGACCCAGCCGUGUCUCGCUCGUUCGACAGCUACCGACACCCGGCGGGCGUCAGCAUCGAGUGGGGGACACAGCGGUACAUGCAAGCAGGCGGUUACCGACGCGAGUUUGACAUCUACAGUCUCGGCGCUGUCAUGGCCGAGAUUGGGCUGUGGCAUUCCCUCGAGUACAUCCGGGGGCGCGAGGACGCAAAGAGGCAGAGGACGGGCCAGCCGGCGCUCUCGGCGGUCGAGUGGAGCGCGUUCCUGAGAGGCAAAGUGCGAGACGAGAUGCCAGGGGCCAUGGGCGGGAGGGUCGCAGCAGUAGUAGAUUGGUGUCUUGGGGUGGGAGCAGGUAUGAAUCCGCAGCCAGGCCAUAUUGGGUCUCUGCUUUCGGGGUUUGAAGAGUGCGUGUUGAGGCCUUUGAUGGCUUGUAGGAUUUAG